AUGUAUGAUUGGUAUUAUGGUCAAAAACACUUUUUUGAGCUGAAUGUCGGCCAGGGGACCCGAAGACCACAGAGACUCGAAGAGUCUCAGGAGCUUCGCAACUGGAUCGUCAAUCUUGCACCUCGGACGCUUCUGCCCAAAUGCGUGAGAGAAAAGGAAAGCCCACGAGUUGAACUUGGUGACAUCGACGUACUAUCUGAGAUCAAGGACCCGGGGCCACUUCGACCAGGCGAAGUGCAGGAGGGGAAGAAAGUCAUGUUCUUCAAACCAGUAAACCCCAGUCAGCCACAGACAACGAAACGCGAAAUUGAAAUUCUCACAACGAUCGCAGAUCGUGGUUUACAUGAAGAAAUACGCGCGCCGCAGUUGUUGGGCUUCGUAGCAUGUCCAGAUAGCAGCACUGAAAUCAUGGGACUGUUGUUGAACAAUAUCCCAGGUGCACAGCCACUGACGAAACUCAUCGACUCGGACGUGGCAGAGGACAAGUGUCUAAGAUGGGUAGACGAGAGUAAGAGCAUUGUGAGCAGUCUACAUAAGCACAAGAUUGUGGGGUGA